AUGGAGUGUGUUUUGGUAUUUCCUGUCUAAUUAAUAGAGCACUUUCCGAGUAGGUUGCAAUUGCAACCUUUGACUGUACAAAGUACAAAGAAGUGAUACUCUCUAGGAAAGAAAUAGAGAAAGGUUUUCAAUUAAAAAUUAUGGAGAAAGCAAUUGAAAGACAGAGAGUUCUUCUUGAACAUUUACAACCCAAUUCUUCAAAUUCAGCUUUUUUAUCUCAUACUCAUCAAUCCACUGAUCUCUCAGCUUCAUUCUGUUCUGCUGGGCAAACAGGUGGAUCUGAAAAUGAUGUUGUGAUUGUAGCUGCAUAUCGUACCGCCAUUUGCAAAGCAAAGCGUGGGGGAUUCAAGGAUACCCUUCCGGAUGAUCUACUUGCCCCAGUUCUCAAGGCUGUGAUAGAGAAAACAAAUGUGGAACCAAGUGAAGUAGGCGACAUUAUUGUUGGCACAGUUUUAGGACCAGGGUCAGAAAAAGCAACAGAAUGCAGAAUGGCGGCAUUUUAUGCUGGUUUCCCAGAGACUGUGCCACUUCGAACUGUCAAUAGACAAUGUUCAUCUGGACUUCAAGCAGUUGCUGAUGUUGCUGCUUACAUAAAAGCUGGUUUCUAUGACAUUGGAAUUGGGGCUGGAUUGGAGUGUAUGUCACAAGAUAAUAUUUCGAGGCUUCGCAAUAUUAACCCAAAGGUGGAAACCUUUGCACAAGCCCGGGACUGUCUUCUUCCUAUGGGAAUCACUUCUGAAAACGUUGCUGAACGUUAUGGUGUCACAAGGCAGGAGCAAGAUCAGGCUGCUGUUGAGUCUCACAGGCGUGCCGCGGCUGCAACAGCAGCUGGUAAAUUCAAAGAAGAAAUCAUUCCAGUUUCUACAAAGAUUGUGGAUCCUAAAACUGGAGAGGAGAAGCAAAUUAUUGUUUCUGUUGAUGACGGUUUCCGGCCAAACGCAAAUUUGACGGAUCUAGCAAAGCUGAAGCCUGCAUUUAAAAAGGAUGGAACCACAACUGCAGGGAAUGCUAGCCAAAUUAGUGAUGGUGCUGCCGCGGUGCUCCUCAUGAAGAGAAGUGUGGCUGUCCAAAAGGGGCUUCCUAUUCUUGGAAUCUUCAGGAGUUUUGCCGCCGUUGGUGUUGAUCCUGCUGUCAUGGGUGUUGGUCCAGCUUUUGCUAUUCCAGCUGCAGUGAAAUCUGCUGGUCUUGAACUUGGUAACAUCGACUUGUUCGAAAUCAAUGAGGCAUUUGCAUCACAGUUUGUUUAUUCAUGCAAGAAAUUGGGUCUUGAUCGAAGUAAAGUCAAUGUCAAUGGUGGUGCAAUCGCUCUUGGGCAUCCUUUAGGAGCCACAGGUGCACGCUCCGUUGCAACUUUGUUGAAUGAGAUGAAGCGUCGUGGCAAGGAUUGUCGCUAUGGUGUAAUCUCAAUGUGCAUAGGUUCUGGUAUGGGAGCUGCUGCAGUAUUUGAAAGAGGAGACUUUUGAGAAUUUGUGGAAUUUUAGAAUGGUUUAUAAGAUAAUUCAUUUACACAAGAAGUUGUGAAAAUGAAAUAAGGAAAAUAAAAACAAAAGUAAUGAAGGAUUCAUGCAAAAGAAUAGAGAAGUGGAACAUCAAUGCAUCAUGAUUCAUUCAUGUCUAGAUGAAGUAAUUAAAUUGCUCCAUCUGUUGCUUUUGUGUAUGGUUGAGAUUUUUUUAGUUUUUGAUAAAAUUAUUAGUCUUUUCUGGUGAUGCUUUGAAUAUUCUUUAUCUCAUUGGUUAUAUUUCUCUUUGCGUGAUAAA